GGGGGUCUGUGCGGGUUGCCGAUGACAAUUCCCUGCUGCUCCUUUAAGACAUGCCCGACUUUUAAUCUUCCCAGCGUUUAUUAUUUAAGUACUCGAGAGAAAGACCCGCCUCCGGAGGACUGAGGGGAGGGAGGGAGAGGAAAAAAAAAAUACCCAACAUCUUGGGCUUGAACUGCGAUUGACAGCGAUAAUUGAACAACUUCUUCAGCAGAGGCGAAGGAAGCUCCCUCCCUCCCUCCGCCUGUCCACACUCACUCACUCUCUCUCUCUCCAGAAACAUGAGCGACAGAAGGCGAAGCGUUUCAAAGAAGGAGGAAAAACACUGAAAAAAAAAAAACGGAGUUGAGGAGAGCCGGAGACGGAGAGGAAGCAGAAAGUUUUCCAGGCGCGUCGGGGUGGCGGUUCGGCGCUCGUCCGGAGCUCCGGGAAAGGAACGCGGAAAGAAACGCAAAAGCAAAACGGAGGAGAGAGAGAAAGCGGAGCAGCAGGAGCAGCAGCAGCCCCGAACCGGGUCCCCGUCCCUUCCCUGACCCCGACGCGGAGCUGUAGCGGCGGGGAGACCGAGCGGCACCCCCACACCGCCCGCGGCGCGGCGAGAUGGCCGGGGCGCGACCGGGAGUUCACGCUCUGCAGCUCAAGCCGGUCUCGGUGCACGAAACUCUGAGGAAAGGGAGCAAGUUCAUCAAGUGGGAAGAGGAACCUCCCAGCAGAAUCCUGAUCACCCUGAAGGUUGACCCCGAUGGCUUCUUCCUGUACUGGACGGGUCCCAACAUGGAGGUGGAGGUGCUGGACAUCUGCCAGAUCAGGGACACCAGGACGGGGAAAUACGCGAAAGUCCCCAAGGACCCGAAGGUACGAGAGCACCUGGGCUGGAAGACGGAGGACCAGAUCGAGAACAAGCUGCUGACUGUUGUGCACGGGACGGACCUGGUCAACAUCAGCUUCCUGAACUUCGAGGCCGUGCAGGAGGACACUGCCAAGGUGUGGACCGAGGAGCUGUUCAAGCUGGCCACGAACAUCUUGGCGCACAAUACCUCCCGCAAUAAGGGGCGCUGCGGAGCACGCGUGCUGCCGCCCCUCCCACAAACGUGA